AUGGCAAGCGACAUGACAGAGCCGCCGACUGCGGCGCCCCGAAGACUGUCUCGAUACCGCAGUGUGAGACGCGUGCAGGAGCAGCUGCUGCAGCAGUCGCCGCAUUCCGCGCCCCCAGUGCCCGCGAUUCCUGCCAUGCCCGUCAUGCCCGUCACGUCCGCCAUGCCCGUCACGCCCGCCAUGCCUGCCAUGCCUGCCGUGCCUGCCAUGCCUGAAGCGCAUACACAACGCGAGAUGCCCAAUAGCAACAUAGGCCGGAGCAUGAGCCGUUACCACCGCCGCCCUCCUACUGCGCACGCGACCAGCCCCAACGUGCCCCCUUUGCGCUCCAACACCGCUCCACAAGCCCCUCCACAAGCCCCUCCACUACCCCAGACCGCGCCACCACCCUCCUCAUCUGCCCGUCACCGCGCCGUGAGCACGCCGCCGCCGCACCAGGAACCGCCACACACCGCGACCGAUGCGCAGCUCCGCCCACGACCUGCCACACACCGUGCAGAAGUCGCGCCUCCCCUCCCAAGGGACGCUCGGCAGCAGGCGCAGCAGUAUCAAGACCCACGGGCGCUCCUGCAGAAAGAGAGAGACCGUCAGCGCCGCGUCAAGGAGAAGCUCGAGGCCGAGGCCCACGCGCAGAGGGAGGCCAAGCGAGCUGAAUUGGAUCGCUUGGAAGAGCGGCGUCUAGAGGAGGAAGAGGCCGCACGUCUUCGGGCCGAGCGCGAGGCAGAGGAGGCCGAGGCACUGCGACUUCAGGAAGAGGAAGACAAGGCCGAAAAGGAGCGCGGCAAGAGACUGCGCAAAGCUGAGGCGCAGAUGAUCAUCGAGCAGCGAAAGGACCAGGGACGCAGAGCGAAGUUGGAGAAGGAAAACAGGGCACGUCUGGAGGAGAAGUCGCGCACAUUCUUGUCGCAGUCGUCAGGAUCACCUCCAGUAUCGCCCCCGCGGCAGGAAGGGUUUGGACUGUUCAAGCGGCGGAAGGACGAGGGCUUGUCGCUUUCGAGCGAAGAAAGACCGACUUCCGCGAGACCUCAGACUGCAAGACAACAAAGCGCCAGCGACACCAGACCGCGUCCAGCCAGACAAGCAAGCAGCAAUAACCAGCAAGACGCCAUUCUCUCUGGUGGCGGCGGUGCCGUGCUCGGCAUCGACGCUCCCACGUCGGCGGUCAAUGGCGGCGAACGCCGCGUCACCGUCGUAUACAACAAGAAGCGCGUUCAGCUUCCUGUCACCCCAUCAACGACACCACUCGACCUGUUCAAGUCUGCCGACAUCAUUCUCACGGAUGCAGUUCCCGUGCGAACAGCUGUAGCGAUGGAGUGGUUCAAGAAGGUGGAUGUAAAGCGACCACUUCGCAACUACGAGCAUGUCCGCGAUGUAAUGAACUCGUGGGAUUUUGACGACCAGAACGAACUCAUCAUCGUCGACUCGUCGAUUGACGGCAUCGAUCAAGACGAACUGCUUUCCUACGGAGUGUCUGACAAGAGACCAGAGGGCGUGUCGUGCAUGAUCAAUUACUCAUCAAGGCCGGGCAAGUGGGCGAAACGCUUCCUGCUCCUGCGACCUGAUGGUCAACUCGUCAUGGCUAAGAACGAAAAGUCAAAGGAGCAGGAGAACGUGUGCCAUCUCACUGACUACGACAUCUACCACGUCACACAGUCGAAGAUUGCGCGAGUCAAACCGCCAAAGAAGAUGUGCUUUGCCAUCAAGAGUCUGCAAAAGUCCAACAUAUUUGCAGACGAGUCGCAAUACGUUCACUUCUUCUGCACCAACGACAGGAACAUUGCGAACACGUUUUGGAAGGCUCUGCAAGGCUGGCGAAGCUGGUACCUGAAGUAUCAGAAGGGCGAGGGUCUCAAGAAGUCGCCUGCAACGAAGAAGGUCCUGGACGGCGCUGUUCUUCCAGGUGCCACAUCGCACAACCGUGGUGAGUCUGUGGGGUCACAUUACCAACUAGGUGCAUUUACAUCACUCAUCGACAUGAACGACUUCAACAAGACACUAGACGAGAUGGAGACGCACAAGCGGGGACAGUAUCCAGACGAUGCACCGCUCUCGAAGUUGGGCGGCGCACAAGCUGCACACGCCCGGAGAAGAUCGGUUAGGGGCAAGCAACCGCCGCCUGCCAGUCGCGGCCUGGCUGCGCUUGCCACCAACACUGCCCCCGAAGACAGCCGCCAGAACUCGAUCACACAGAGCUCUACAUCUCAAGACGAGGAGACCUUCGCUGCCGGCGGACUCCUCGGACGAGCGUACACCACUCGCCAACGCGCGGUGCAGGAUCGCGAGCAGAAACAAAAUGCUGCGUUCACAGAGGGUCCUUCGCUCAUCAGCAACAUGGAUCGUCUGGCUGCGCAAGGCGAGUCUGGCCUCAAACGCAGCUCUUCUACACGAAGUAAUCAUCACCGGAGAACGUCGAGCGACAUUCGGCGAACCGCCUCCAAGCGAGCUCCAGGCAUGCCGCAGCCUCUGAUCGACUUGACACCGCAGUAUCGGCCUCCGCCCCAGUUCGUCAAGCAGGGCAAGGGCUACAAUCCAGGAGCCGGUGCAGGGCCGCUUGUAGAGAGCGCGACUUCGAUGGAAGAAGCCAUCCAGGUCCCUUCGUCCACAGACUGGCGUGCUCGCCCUCGGCCUACCUACGGGCCUGGUCCAAACGAGCGGACCAAGUCGCUGAAGGGACGCGGCGAGCCAUUGGCAGCUCACACCUUCAACAACCACAGCGGAGCGCCUCAAGAUGACAGAGAAGCCUUCACCGGUGGAUUGCUAUCACAGGCUGGCUAUGCGCAAGGACACGCAAGGGUCGGCCGAGGCGUCAUGGACGGCUCCAAGGCACGAGGCCCGAUGCUGGACUUUGGAGACGAGCAGCAGUUUCAGUCAGGCAGUUUGCUGGCGAACAUUGGGGGCACCAAUGCGCCUGCCAUGGAUCGAUCAGGCAGAUAG